AUGAGUCAAGGAAAUAGGAAUUAUUUUUCAUGUCCCAUCUGCAGGAAUCAACGAAGGCGUCACGAUGAUAAUUGUGAGUUUGGGCAAUACUUUCUUGGUAGAUCAACAGACUUUGAGAGUGCUUGUAGGCUCUUUGGAUUCGCAAACUUGGUUAGACUGAUGCGUUCUGUGGAACCAUCUGAAAGGCAAGCUACUGCCGAUUCCAUUUUAAUGGAGGCAAACAUUUGGGAUCGUGACCCUAUUAACGGUGCCUAUGGUCAUGUGUUUAAUUUGGUUUCCCAAAUCCAGUCAUUUGAAAGCGAAUUAGAAACUAUAAAUAAUUGGCUGGCGCAUAUUCGAGAUCAACAAAGGCAACCAAGUUCAUUUUCCCCUAACAUCCCAAACCAAAGUAUCCAAGAUGAAGGUUCCAACACCCCGAUUCCAAGCUUGAUUGGAGCAGAUAUCUCUACAAGGUCUUCUGAAAAAGGAGAAUCAAGUAUUGUUGCGCCUAAGGAGGAUGCGAAUAUUGUUGUUAGAGAGAGAGAUUCAAAAGUUGAUGACAAUGAGGAAGGCACUAUUCCUGAUAAAGAACAAGUAGAUUAUUUCCGUGACGACUAA